AUGGCGGCUGCACGACUUCCUUGUUACGUCUUCAAGCGCAAACUGGGGACCGCGGCUCCGAACGCGCAGGGAGGGACUGCGGCCCGCGGCGGCCCCGGCGGCGCGACGAGCGGGAGCGGGCGUGCGGCCGGCUCCGCAGCCCCGCGCCGCGCCGCGCCCCGCUCUGCCCGCGAGCCCGGAGCUCGCGCCCCGCGCACUCCCCGGCCAGCUCGCGCCGGGCCUUCCCCCGCCCUCCCGCGGCCGGGGGCGGGGGCGGCGCGCGGCCGGCUAACCCGAGCUCCGCGGGCGCACAAGGUGGGGGUGCAAGCGCUGGGGUCCUGGCUCCCUCAUCCGCCGGCUGCUGGGGGCGGCGCGGUGGGGCCCGCGGCUCGGAGGGGCGGUGCCCGGCGGGCCGCGCUCCGCGCCGGGUUCGGGCCGUCCCCACCCCCACCACGGUGCACUGCGGCGGUGCGAGCAGGGGCGGCCAUGAACUCGGCCGCCGAGGCUCUGCGAGCGCGCGCGCGGGGCCGCCGCCAGGCCGCUCUCCGAGCCCGCUCGCCUGCCCGCGCGGCCCCCGGGGCUCCCCGGCCCCAAGCCCAGCCCCGGCCCACGCCCUUCCCCGCUCGCACCGCGCCGCGCCGCUGGCGGCCGCCGUACAUCCUGGAGCUGGCUGGUGCUCCAGAGCUCGGCGAGAACGCGCGUCUUCCGGGCCGCCCCGCCAGCCGCCGGCCGCCCCCGCGCCCGCCUCGCCGACGGCCCAGGCCCCCUCCGCACCCCAGCCCGCGCUUACCUGCAGCCUGGCACAGCCACAGACACUGCCAGCUCUCCCGAGUAAGAAACACAGAGAGUGAAGUAAAGGAGGCCCCACAAAGGGAAGAAACACAGUGCCUCCUCUGUAAAGCUCAGACAGUUCCAGCACAGACAGAAGAAGGGGCCAAGUUUCCUCAUUCUGAGCUGCUGAAGGACUUGCCCAUCCCACUGAAGCUUCUACUAGAUGCUACCAGCAAUGACAGUUGAAAGGAUGGACUCAGUAGAGAAUCUAUGCAAUUUUUACUUUUUCUUUUUCCUAUGUUGAAGUUCCACCCACCCACCCCAGCACCUGUGAUAUAUAUAUAUAUAAAUAUAUAUAUAUAUAUAUAUAUUUUUUUUUUAAAGAAAGAAAGAGAAAGGGGGAGAGAGAACAGGAGUCUUGCUCUGCUGCCCAGGCUGGAAUGCAAUCUAAAAAUAGGCAUUAAAAACCUCUUUUAUGCCGAUAACUGUGCUUAACAGCAGAGACAGGAAGGAAUAAGUGGAGAAAAUAACAAACAAACAGCCAACCAAUAUUUCAUUUAAGUCUGUGAAAUGCUAUGCAAAUGCUGAAGAGUGAUUUACUUCCAAUUAUGUGGUCACUUUCAAAAUAGGUGUAAUGUAAUACUGAGAAAAAUGUAUAUUCUGUGGACCUGGGGUGAAGAAUUCUAUAAAUAUUCACUGAGAUGUCCCUGUUAAUUUUCUAUCUCAUUGAUCCAUCAAAUAUUAACAAUGUGGUGUCAAAGUCUCCCGCUAUUAUUGUGUGGGAGUCCAAGUCUCUUUAUAAGUCAUUAAGAACUUGUCUUAUGUACCUGGGUGUUCCUAUAUUGGGUGCAUAUGUAUUUAUGAUCAUUAACUCCUGUUGUUGCAUUGAUCCUUUUACCAUUAUGUAAUGUCCUUCUUUGUUUCUGAACCAUCGUUUAAGAGUUAAGUUACAGAUAUGCUUCUUUCCCCUAAGUACCUCUGUGUGUAUUUCCUUAAAAAGGAUGCUCUUUUACAUGACUACAGUACAAUACUCAAAAAAAUUUUUUUGAGAUGGAGUCUUGCUGUGUUGCCCAGGCUGGAGUGUAGUGGCACAAUCUCAGCUCACUGCAGCAAUAUCUGCCUCCCAGGUUCAAGUGAUUCUCUUGCCUCAGCCUCCCAAGUAGGUGGGAUUACAGGCACGCACCACCAUGUCUGGCUAAUUUUUGUAUUUUUAGUAGAGAUGGGGUUUCACCAUGUUGGCCAGGCUGGUCUUGAACUCCUGACCUCAAGUAAUCUGCCCACCCUGGCCUCCAAAAGUGCUGGGAUUACAGGCGUGAGCCACCAUGCCCAGUCCAAAAUUAAGUAUUUAACGUUAAUACAAUAUAAUACUAUUAUCUAAUGUGUUCAUGUUUAUAUUUCACCAAUUGUUUUAAUAAUGUCUAUAAUAAUGCAUAUCAAUUUUUUCCUGCUCCAAAAUUACUCAUUGCAUUUAGCUAUCAUGGAUGUGCCCUUUGUUAUUUAUUUCUUGUUUUUUAAUAAUUAAAAUCAUUUAUUUAUUUUUCCAUAAGUUAUGGGGUACAGGUGGUAUUUGGUUACAUGAGUACGUUCUUUGGUUGUUUUUUGUGAGAUUUUGGUGCUUCCAUCCCCCAAGCAGUCUACACUGCACCAUAUUUGUAGUCUUCUAUCCCUUGCCCCAUUCCCUUCCCUCCCACUCUUCCCCUCAAGUCCCCAAAGUCCACUGCAUCAUUCUUAUGCCUUUGUAUCCUCAUAGCUUAGCUCUCACAUAUCAGUGAGAACAGACAAUGUUUGGUUUUCCAUUCCUGAGUUACUUCACUUAGAAUAAUAGUCCCCAUCUCAUCCAGGUCACUGAAAAUGCUGUUGUUUCAUUCCUUUUUAUGGCUGCAUAGUAAUCCAUCAUAUACAUACCACAGUUUCUUUAUCCACUCGUUGAUUGAUGGGCAUUAGAGUUGGUUUCAUGACUUUGCAACUGUGAAUUGUGCUGCUAUAAACAUGCAUGUCCAAGUAUCUAUUUCAAAUAAUGACUUAUUUUCCUCUGGGUAGAUACCGAGUAGUGGAUUGUUGGAUCAAAUGGUAGUUCUACUUUUAGUUCUUUAAGGAGUCUCCACACUGUUUUCCAUAGUGGCUGUACUAGUUUACACUCCUACAGCAGUGUAAAAGUGUUCCCUGGAAUAGUCCCCAUCUCAUCCAGGUCACUGAAAAUGCUGUUGUUUCAUUCCUUUUUAUGGCUGCAUAGUAAUCCAUCAUAUACAUACCACAGUUUCUUUAUCCACUCGUUGAUUGAUGGGCAUUAGAGUUGGUUUCAUGACUUUGCAACUGUGAAUUGUGCUGCUAUAAACAUGCAUGUCCAAGUAUCUAUUUCAAAUAAUGACUUAUUUUCCUCUGGGUAGAUACCGAGUAGUGGAUUGUUGGAUCAAAUGGUAGUUCUACUUUUAGUUCUUUAAGGAGUCUCCACACUGUUUUCCAUAGUGGCUGUACUAGUUUACACUCCUACAGCAGUGUAAAAGUGUUCCCUGGUCACCGCAUCCCCACCAGCAUCUACUGUUUUUUGAUUUUUUGAUUAUGGCCAUUCUUGCAGGAGUGAGGUGGUAUCCCAUUAUGGUUUUGAUUUGCAUUUCCCUGAUCAUUAGUAAUGUUGAUCAUUUUUUCAUAAUGUUUGUUGGCCAUUUGUGUACCUUCUUUUGGGAAUUGUCUAUUCAUGUCCUUAGCCCACUAUUUGAUGGGAUAUUUUUUUCUUCGCAAUGUAUAGAUUGUGAAGAUUUUCCCCAACUCUGUGGUUGUCUGUUUACUCUGCUGUUCCUUUUGCUCUGCAAAAGCUCUUUAGUUUAAUUAGGUCCCAGCUAUUUAUCUUUGUUUUUAUUGCAUUUGCUUUUAGGUCCUUGGUCAUGAAAUCCUUACCUAAGCCAAUGUCUUGAAGGGUUUUUCCAAUGUUAUCUUCUCUAAUUUUUAUAGUUUCAGGUCAUAGGUUUAAGUCUUUAAUCCAUCUUGAGUUGAUUUUUGUAUAAGGUAAGAGAUGAGGAUUCAGUUUCAUUCUCCUACAUGUGACUAGCCAGUUAUCCCAGCACCAUUUGUUGAAGAAGGUGUCCUUUCCCCACUUCAUGUUUUUGUUUGCUUUGUCGAAGAUCAGUUGGCUGUAAGCAUUUGGGUUUAUUUCUGGGUUCUCUAUUCUGUUCCAUUGGUCUAUAUGCCUAUUUUUGUACCAGUACCAUGCUGUUUUGUUGACUAUGGCCUUAUAGUAUAGUUUAAAAUCAGGUAGUGUGAGGCCUCCAGAUUUGUUCUUUGUGCUUAGUCUUGCUUUGGCUAUGUGAGCUCUUUUUUGGUUUCAUAAUAAUUUUAGAACUGUUUUUGCUAAUUCUGUGAAGAAUAAUGGUAGUAUUUUGAUGGAGAUUGCAUUGAAUCUGUUGAUUGCUUUUGGCAGUAUGGUCAUUCUUGCAAUAUUGAUUCUAUCCAUCCAUGAGCAUGGGAUAUGUUUCCACUUGUUCAUGCUGUCUAUGAUUUCUUUCUUUUUUCCUUUACUUUUCUUUUUUUUUUUUUUUUUUUUGAGAUGGAGUC